AUGGUUAAGAAGAGAGCUUCCAACGGUCGUAACAAGAAGGGACGUGGUCACGUUAAGCCGAUCCGUUGCUCCAACUGCUCCAGAUGUACCCCUAAGGAUAAGGCCAUCAAGAGAUUCACCAUCCGUAACAUGGUCGAGUCAGCUGCUGUCCGUGAUAUCAGCGAUGCCUCCGUCUUCCAGGAGUACACCAUCCCCAAGAUGUACUUGAAGCUGCAGUACUGCGUUUCUUGCGCCAUCCACGGAAAGAUCGUCCGUGUCCGUUCCCGAGAAGGUCGUCGCAACCGUGCUCCUCCCCCAAGGAUCAGGUACAACAAGGACGGCAAGAAGGUCAACCCCAACCAGUCUGCUAAGACCGCUACCGCCGCCUAA